CUGUCAGUGAUGGAAGAAAAGGAGGCGAAGGAGGAGUAUAAAUUUGAGUGUGUCGAAAAUUUUUAACUAGCAAAUGUCGACAGAUUUUUAGUUUUUAAGCAUUUAAAUCGUGUCCAUAAGUACCUAAGAAUCUCGCCCGCUCCGAAAAAUCGCACUGCAGCGGUGGAUCAGAAAUAAACAGUGAUGCAACAUCAGCAGAAGCUCCACAAAAUCAGCAAUAGUAGUUAGUUCAGUACAUCAUCAUCCCAGUCUUCAUUAGUACUUUUUUUUCUUACGGCGAAGAAACCCCAGGGGAAUAAAAUCGAAGCAACCAGAGGACAGAGUAUCCCUUGUUUCCAAGCAAAUAUCAAACGCGAAUCAAGUUGGUGAAAUUUUGUACUCCGUGGCCCCUUUCUCUAGAGGACACCACCCUACCAAACUUCCUGCGUUGAGUCCCAUUGUUUUGGAAGAAAAAGGAAAGAUCAAACCCAGUGUAACCCCUUGCAACCUUCUUCUGUCCGGCCUUCAAAAUCAUACACACAUACAGAGCUAGAACAAUCAUCCAGCAGAACGAUCCCUUCCGUCCCCCAAAAAACCAUCAAACUUUUGGACGCACCCCAUCAUUUUCCGGUCAAGCAUACAUCCCAGGGACCGCCAUCGUCCGUUUGAUCACGAUCUGGUCCAUCAUCGCCGUUUGCCCAUAAAAUCCAUUCGUGAUCCAUUUUAUUAGUUGUAGUACAUGAUCUACUCGAAGUAUUGUGCACAAAUACUCGCCAAAUUUUCAACUAAAUCAUCCUACUGUGCCCACCGCCGCUAAAUCACAUAAAACAAAUCUCUGUCGCUGCUUCGUUUCGCGUUGCCGCUGGAUGUUGUGAUGUUCUCGAACGGGCUUCCCUGCAAUCUGCCCUUUCCCAGCUGUCUCGGGGUGCCAAAGGAUAGUGGUAGCGACGAACUACUACCAACAGCGAUGGGAAGUCGCGAGCCGGUCAUACUCAACGUGUACGACAUGUACUGGAUAAACGAGUAUACGACCUCGAUCGGGCUAGGUGUGUUCCACUCGGGCGUGGAAAUCUUCGGGACCGAGUUCGCGUACGGAGGCCAUCCUUUCCCAUUCACCGGUGUGUUCGAAAUAUCCCCACGAGACCAUGACGAGCUUGGCGAACAAUUCCGAUUCCGGCAAAGCAUUCAAAUCGGUUGUACAGACUUCACCGAAGAGGAAGUGCGUCGGAUUGUGGAAGAGCUAGGCAAUCAAUUCCGAGGUGAUCGGUACCAUCUGAUGAACAACAAUUGUAAUCACUUCUCCGGGGCCGUCACACAGAUUCUCUGCGGGCAAGAGAUUCCAAGUUGGGUGAAUCGGUUGGCCCACUUCAGCUCCUGUGUACCUUUCCUGCAACGUUGUCUACCAAAAGAAUGGUUGACUCCCAAUGCCUUACAACAAUCGAUAACAGCCAUACAGGAUCGAGACUCCGAUGCAAGUCCAUUUUGAGAAUAGCUUAUAGAUAGUGUCCCGGUUUCGGAGGGAGCUAGGCCGGGUUUGACAACACAAGGAGCGAAAAAUAGCAACAGCAAAAACAACGGUAGUACCCGCAAAUAAUCGUAGAAAGAUUUCAACAUGGUACCAGCGUUGUAUCAAGCGAAUGAUAAUGGGCGAAACUCGUGGUGACAUUCAAAAAUACGCACUAGUGUGGUGUCUGAGUGAAUUUCCUCAACCUUUUUCAGUUCACUUUGGUAUCCCCGCACCAUCCACAGAUGUUAUUUAUGAUAUUCGUUUUUUUAUUUGUUUCGUGACGUUUCUCUUGUAUUGUAUUUUUUAAUAAACCAAAUCAACUAUUGAGGUAAAUUGUAGCCCGUUUGUGACCGUUAGGUUAGGUACGUGUUUUUAACUAUUGAUCUUGAAACAAUUUCAUCGCUUUUUUACUAAAACCCCAGGAGAAAUAAUUUCAAAUAGCUUAUGAGUAUCGGUUUCUCAAAAUUGUUUUCUACGAAAUGAUAUUACCGUAACUGAAUUUCUAAAGAACAAUGAAAAUAAACAAAUGGUGUAAUAUACAUUAUAACUUAAAACUAGACGGACAUGGCGAAGAAAGUAUUUGUUUCAAAUUGAACUUAAAAAUAAAGAAUAGAUUGUAAGCGACAACAAAACGUAUGUAAUAAUACAAUACCUAUCAUCAAGGAACAGAAGCAUAAUGAACAAAGUCUAUAUUGAGAUUUACGUAGAAAAUCAGUUAAAACCCGAAAGAUUUAAACACUGUUUGAACGGCAACUAAUACUACUGAAUCUAACUGAACAUAGAGAAGGAAACUGAGAUGCACUAGAGUAGAAGGAAUUAACUAAUUCGAAAAAAUGAUAAACUCUCGUUAGUGUAUGUUAAACUG